AUGUCUGAGAGUCAAGGUGAUAAAGAGAGUAAUGGCUCCUUAUUAAAUCCGGUUAGUAUUCGGCCAAUACCUGGCAAAUCUAACAGUCAAUUUGGAGACCUUGUGGGCGAACAUGAUACUAAGUCUAUACCCGCAGCUACGACGAAUAAUCUGACGGACGGCGUUACCAGUGACGGCGGUAUCCCUAAACUUGAGUUGACUAGAAUGGACGAAGCUUUGCAUCACGGAGAGGAGGUAGCUUCCCCUGUAGAUGAGGACGACCGUAGUCAAUCAGGUAGUAAUACCGAGUCUGACGAUGACGAGGAAGACGAUGACGAUGACGAUGACGAUGACGAUAACGAGGAGGACGAAGAGGAGGAUGUUGAACCAAGUCUGAAAUACGAGCGUCUCGGAGGAGAUACUUCUCAAUUGUUAGAGAAAGAUUCAGCAUGUGCUAUAGCCAUUUCGGAGUCCGCCAUACUACUGGGGACGCAUAGCGGGAUUGUUCAUGUACUAGAUCUUAACGGAGUUCGCCAAAGAUCUUACCGGCCACAUACUGCCACAAUCACGGAUAUGAGUGUUGAUACGACUGGUGAUUUUGUUGCGACUGCGUCGAUAGACGGUCAGGUUGUCAUCCAUUCCUUGAGCACCCCAGAGUCCUACGUGUUUGACCUAAAGCGACCGAUGCGAACUAUCGCACUCGAACCGGGCUUUGGCAACCGUGGCUCUCGUGCGUUUGUCUGUGGUGGAUUGGCUGGAACGCUAGUCUUACAUGAAAAGGGCUGGCUCGGCCACAAGGAAACAACACUGCACUCUGGUGGAGAGGGGCCUGUCUGGGCCUCGGCGUGGAGAACAACUUUGAUCGCUUGGGCUUGUGACACUGGCGUCCGCCUAUACGAUACAUCUUCAAGCACGCGUGUGGCCUAUCUCGACCGACCAGCGAAUAGCCCCCGAGCCGACUUGUUCCGCUGCACUCUUCGGUGGCAAGAUGAUGUGACUUUACUAGUCGGUUGGGCUGAUUACAUCAAGGUGGCUCGUGUUCGUCAGCGAGGAGAAGGGGCAACUACUAGUCAUAGUGCUGUCACUAUUGAAGUCCUCGCGGUAUUACAAGUAGAUUGUAUGAUCGCUGGGCUCUCACCCCACGUAGACGCUGGAUCGUUUUUGGUUUUGGCUUACAUUACACCCGAUACAUUUGCUGACGCGGAUGACUCCCCACCUACAACUCGCGAAGCACAGAGGCGCAAGGAAGCCCACAGACCAGAGCUAAGGCUAAUAUCACGCGCUGGAGAGGAACACGCGUCAGACGCUUUGAGUAUUACAGGGUAUCACUUGUAUGGGUGUAAUGACUAUGCCCUUGUUGAAGGUGCUAGCCCUCUAGGAACCUUUUGGAUUGUGUUAAGUCCUCAGACACUUGUGGUCGCUCGCCCACGAGAUGUCAAGGAUCAUAUCGAAUGGCUAGUUCAGCGAAAGCGAUAUGAAGAAGCCCUCGAAGUGUUGGAGGACCUGGGCCCACAAGGGCAAGUUGAUGCUUCGAUCAUUGGUCAAAAAUACUUGCAACAUUUGGUUGAUGAUGGGGAGUACGAGAAAGCAGCUCAUUUAACUCCCAAGGUCUUGGCAGACAACGCAACUGCCUGGGAGCGCUGGAUAUUCACAUUCGCAGGAAAGAAUCAACUGGGUUCAAUUGCACCAUUUGUGCCCACCCAUGAUCCCCAACUUGGCCAUGUCGUCUAUGAAAUGAUUCUAGGUCAUAUGCUCGUGAACAAUCAGGAGAGCCUGCUACGUACAAUUAAAUCUUGGCCAACAAGCAUAUACGAUAUACCAGCCGUCAUAGUUGCUGUCAAAGCGGCGCUGGCCAACGCUACUAAGAAGCAUAUAUUAAUGGACUGCCUUGCCGAACUAUAUAUCGCAAACCACCAGCCAGGAAAAGCGCUGCCAUACCUGUUACGGCUACGACGACCCAACGUCUUCACUCUUAUUCGCGAACACAACUUGUUUACUGCCUUGAGAGAUGAUGCUCUGCUACUAGUUGAGUUCGAUCAAGAGCUGGAAGAAAAACGACGGGUGCAGGGAGAUGGUGAAGGGAUUGAUUUUACCAAGCCAGCAGUACCACGCACGGCAAUCCAACUUUUGGUCGAGAAUACACAUGCUAUUCCGAUCAACCGCGUGGUUCAACAGCUUCAGUCGAACCGUUUCUUCCUUUAUCUCUAUCUGGCCGCACUCUUUGAAGAGGAUCCGCAACAUGCAUCUGAAUAUGCAGAUGUUCAAGUGGAACUGUUUGCAGAAUUCGCGCCUGAGAAACUGAUCGACUUUCUUCGUGCCAGCAGCUACUAUAACCUGGAAGUGGCGUUCAGAAUUUGUGAUCAGCGUGACUUGGUUCCAGAGCAAGUGUUUUUACUUGGGCGCAUGGGGGACAAUAAGCGCGCACUGAACUUGAUUAUUGAGCGGCUCGCAGAUGUCAACCGCGCUAUUGACUUUGCCAAGGAACAGAAUGAUGAUGAUCUAUGGGAGGACCUAUUCAAGUAUUCAGAAACUCGUCCAGCUUUCAUUCGUGGUCUGCUCAAGAAUGUCAGUACUGAAAUUGAUCCCAUUCGACUCAUUCGUCGCAUCAAGAAUGGGCUCGAGAUCCCCGGUCUCAAAGAUGCGCUUAUCACCAUCCUACAAGACUUCAAUCUUCAAAUAUCCCUCCUUGAAGGAUGUCAGACUAUCCUUCUCGGAGACGGUGCGUCGUUACAAGAACGACUUCAUCUCGCCCAAACGGGAGGAUACCUCGGCGGGGCGGCAGUGAUGUGUCCCGUCUGUCACGAGCCCCUCUUUAUACCUCCGCCCGACACAGGAGCAUUAGUAAACCAACAGCACCUUGUUCUCUUAUUCCUGUGUCAUCAUGCAAUCCAUGCUGGAUGUGUUCCAGGCGGUGACGCACUUCCCCCUCGUCAGGGAACUUCCUUGAGCCUUGGAACAAUUGGGUACUACGGUGGACUAGGUGGAGAUGUCGUGAAUGCCGUGAGCGAGAAGGUUGCCUACACACAAGAAGUCAAGGCUCAGCUUGCAAGCGGAUGUCCUAUUUGCGAACGAAGCGAUUCCGGAGCAGGCUUUGCAAUCGCCGGUAAUAAUUACCAUUGGCUAGUCGGUGCGGGGCUCCGGUCCGAGCCCGAAGAAUCGACUUUCGGUCAACUGUACGAAUUUGAUUGGUUGAUUCGCGAGGAGGUCGCCACGCAUAAUACUUCAGAGUCAUGCUGGAUCAUAGUCUCGGGUAAAGUCUAUGAUGUAACCGAGUUCAUAUCCGAACACCCAGGUGGGAGCGCUGUUCUCCUGAAGCAUGCAGGCAAAGACGCAACGGCCGCGUACGAGAUGGCUCAUGGGCCAGAGAUCAUCGAAGAAGGCCUGCCACCCGAAAAGAAAAAGGGGACCGUAGACCCGAGUACGAUCCAGGCGCAUCCCAAAGGCCAGGAAGAGGUCAAGAAGGAUGUGAUCAAGCCAAAGAGAAUGCCUCUGGCGCAGGUUAUCAAUUUAUACGACUUUGAGGAAAAUGCAAAAGAAAAUUGUCCCAAAAGCAUGGGCAUAUUUCUCUUCUGGGGCGACCGACAUGUUAUCGGUGGACCUCAAUCAAAAGGCGUACCGACAAGUCCUCUUCCGUCCUCGAGGAAUGAUCGACGUCGGGUUCCACCCACGAAUCCGGGACUCCAACAAGACGGAACGUGGAAUACAAUGACAUCGACCAAGAUGCUCGGUGCACCAGUCUCACUUCCGCUCAUGAUUUGCCCAACCGGGAUGGCGAGACUCAGUCACCCGAGUGGAGAACGGUCGUUUGCAGCAGCGGCAGGCCAAACGGGUAUUAUGCAGGUCAUAUCUACCAACGCAUCCGUCGGACUAGCACAGAUUAUCCAAGCCAAGUCGCGUCCGGACCAGAAAUUCCUUUUCCAACUCCGAAACGCUCGUUCAAAAAGUCGUGGAUACUCAUGCUGUGUGGGGAUAAUUGUCACUAUCGAUGCGGCUGCGCCUGGGAAACGUGAAGCCGACGAACGUGGCGAGUUGGACGUCCCCAUUGGGUUAGUUCCGGGAUGGAUGAAGUUGGGUGUGAAGGGUGUACAGACUGUCGAAGACGCAUUGUUGGCAUACGAACUAGGCUGCGACGUUAUCUGGCUGUCAAACCAUGGUGGAAGAGCGCUUGAUACCGCACCGCCAGCUCUAUACACUCUCCUCGAAUUACACCAGUUUCAUCCUAGAAUAUUCCGACCCCGUGCACGGCCCUUAUCUUCUCGAAUCGCAAGUCUGGUCUCGAUAGGCCUGCCGAUCCGAACAAGCCCUCGAUGCCUCGGAUCCCCCCCCAAGACACCCGAAGCGCGGGCGGCGGCGAUUGCGAGUCUGCGAGCGUACCAUCGUCCAGGCGCGCCGGAGAUUUACGUCGACGGUGGGGUGCGACGCGGGACGGACAUUGUCAAGGCUUUGUGUCUGGGCGCGAAAGCCGUGGGGAUGGGUCGGCCGUUUGUAUAUGCGCUGGGAUGGGAAACCCCGGGAGUGGAAAAGGCAAUCGAAAUUAUUCGGGACGAGGUAGAGACGACGAUGAAGUUGUUGGGUGUCACCUCUCUCGAUCAGUUGGGGCCUCACUUGUUGAACACCAAGGCGCUGGAGCCGCUGAUUGAUGGUCGUAUCUUGGCCAAGGCACGGUUGUGA